AUGUCCUCGCGUCAUCACAUAGAUCCCAGGGCCGCGAACCCCACCGUCGUGCCCCAGUUCCCGAGGCCCUUCGACGGCAAUAAGACUGCCCCACCCCAGGUGCUCGCCAUCAACCCCCUCUUGACCAUCGGCACCCCCAGAACCCCCACCCCCGAUGAAAUCAUCGAUGUCGAUGCGAUUCCUCGUGCCCGUGACAAGGUUAAGUGCGAGUGCGGGGUGGUGCUGACCCGCUCGUACCUCGAGAAGCACCGCCUCACCGCGAAGCACCUCGCCGCGAUCGCUACGCAGCGCCUGGCGGCCGCGAACCCCAAGGGUCAAAAGCAGAAGAAGAAGGCCGAGCGUACGAACGCCCAAGCUCGUGCCACCGGCUCCGGCAAAGCGAACGAACAUGGGCAGAAUGGUGCGACCUCUAACUCCCAGCAGUACGCGGUGCCGUUUGAUCAAGCGCUCUUCGACGCCUACAACGACAACUUCAUGACCAGCCACUACUACGCCCCAGAUGACUACGGCUUGUGA